AUGUCCUCUUCCUUAUCUCUAUACGGAAUGUUCGGAACCGACCCCAGCCCCCGAGUACCAACCCAACGACCCUUCCACCACCCCUUCGACCUAACAUUCUACCCUCACCCACUUACCAGACGAAAAACCUCCUACCUUCCACAAUUUUCAAGUCGAGAACAUACCAUUCGCCGGAUCUCCUCGAGUAUUCGUCAUCGUGUUGGUUGGAUCGAAGAUAUUACAAAUCUUGAUAGUUUUAAAAGGUUAUUAUUAUUACCACAUGACGAUAACAAAUCGAUAUCUGGAGGGACGUUGAUGUCUCCGUCUGAUGGGAUAAAUGAUGGGGAAAUUGAGUUUUUGUUUGAAGAGUUGGUGGGGUAUAAAGCGUAUGUGAUGGAAUUAAGAAAGAACGGUGUUUUGAUAGAACCUGGUGUCGAUGGGGUUUGGAAACAAGAUGGUUUAUUGGAUGAAUCGUCGAGAGGACGGUUGAAAGAAGCUGCCUCAACCCUCUCAUCCCUCCCCGCCAGCUCAAGAAACUGGCCCACCCUCCCGGAUACCCCCGAAAAGGACCUUCUAGACCCCACAAUCUAUCCCAUAAUCUACGACGAAACCCUCUCACGAAAUCAAAUCGACUAUCAAAAAGUAACCGCAGUAACCCUUCCAAGCCUAAAAUGUCGUCAAGUGCACGGAGUCUCCAUUGAAGAACAAGAAGAAAUUCAAAAGCUAGGUCUGGACACAUUUUUCUCCUGGCUACCUUCAGAAUUCGAAGUCUCGCCCUCUACAGGAGAAACAAAGAUAGUAUCUUAUAUAAACAACUUGACAUUACCGGGACAAGAUGUAAUUUUCCAUCCGCUUUUGGAAAAGGUGUUUUCGGGGACUGUAAAGGCGUUUAAUCACGUUUUGGCAGAUUUGGAUAGAAGGGUUUAUAAUAUUAAAAAACGAGAUGAUGAUGCUGAGAGGUUUAUGCAUAAAUGGAGUUCGCCGAUUAUUUCUAAGGAUAGGAGUUUGGAAGGAAAAACGGUGAAAGUGGUGGUUAGGAUGGUACAGAUUGAUCUGGAUCCGAAGAAAGUGAGGUAUAUGUAUGCCGGCGGUGAAUGGCGUGUGGAAGGGAUGGCGAACGAACGGAUAGUAGCAACAUCGAUAUAUCAAUAUUCACAAGAAAAUGUUACGGACUGCUGUAUCCAAUUUCGAUUAAAAUCUUUUUAUAUAGACGACUACCAGUUCAAACCUACAAGGGGGGAUACGGAGUUCGUGGGGUCGAUGAAGUUAUCGGAGAACCGCGCAAUCACAUAUCCAAAUACAUUCGAAAGCCGUUUCUCCGAUUUUAGUUUGAAGGACAAGACAAAACCUGGCCAUAUAAAGCUACUAAUCUUUCAUCUCUGCGAUCCGUUUGGGCAUGAGAUCCCAUCAACCCGUACUAUCCGUCCCCAACAACCAGAACAAUUCGAAAACCUAUUGCGAACUACAAGACUGGGUAUCCUACCCGAAGAGAUAUACCAAGAAAUCACACAGGAUGAGUGGGGGAAUAUUAUUACUGAAGAGGAGGUUGGAGAGUAUAGGAAAUUGAUGGUGGAGCAUAGGGAUGGGAUUUUUAAGAAGAAGGUUAAGCGGGCCUCGAAUUCUCGUGUUAGAAGGAAGGAAUAG